AUCUAUUAAGUUUAGGUAUCAAAGUAUAAUUUUUCCAUGAAAUCCAAAUUUAAGGAAUAUAGGGCACAAGAGGCCAAGAGGGUUGCUCUUAUGAGUGAUUAGUUACUAUAUAAUAUUUUUAACGAAUUAUGUUAGCAUGGUGCUAACACCAGAGGAUGUUAGUAACCUAUUCAGUACUAGAACAAAAUUUCUAUUAAAGUAAAAUAUAUGGAUUAAAGAAGACCUAUUUGUGCGCUUCCGUCGAGACUUACAUGAAUGAAGAUACCAAUGCUCUUGUUAAAUACUUAUUUGUGCGCUUCCGUCGAGACUUACAUGAAUGAAGAUAACAAUGCUCUUGUCGAAAACUUAUUUGUGCGCUUCCGUAGAGACUUACGAGAAUGAAGAUACCAAUGCUCUUGUCGAAGACUUAUUUGCGCGCUUCCGUCGAGACUUACAUGAAUGAAGAUAGUCGAACGCUCCCUUAUAAAGUGCAUUACUAGAUGCACGUAUAAAGUGAGCGUAAGUAGCCGCACGUACAAAGUACGCUUGAGUAGCCGCACGUAAUGUGAAUGGAGGCAGGGUGCGAUCAUGUCUUGGGUGGUGCUCGUAACUAUCUUGGUACAUCAUGCCCCCAUUAGGGCUCAAUGAGUAAACUAUUUAAAAUGAAAUUAAAUAACAUGAUUUAGAGAAGUGAAGUACUUAGCUUUAAACUGAAGAGAAUUAAUAAGAUGAUGUCGUGCUUAGGAGCAUAAGCAGACCUUGUAGCAUAAUGGUCAACGUGCUUUGAUGGUAAUAAAGUGGUGGCGCGGGUUCCAAUCACGGCGAAAGCAAUCUUUAUCUAUAAUAGGAUGGCAUAUUGCUUGAAGCUUACUGGGUCUAGUGAGGCGGAUCGGGCCAAGUUAUGCAGGUUCAUUGGAUGUGAUUUGCAUGCCGCGAGAAUGGCCCACGCGUUUAGAGACUGAUUGUGUGCUUGGACGGCGGCGUGAGUCAGGCCACGAAGUUGGUGACAUGGGCAGAGUAAUGGAGCGGGUCGCGCGCUUGUGGGCUAAUAUUGGCGGGCUUUGUUGAAGGCGGGGUUCGUAUUAUAAGAGUUGUCUAUUGUGCGGAAUUGGAGGCAGGUGAUGGAGGGGGUGCGUGAAAUGGGCCCGACAUAGGGUUGAAGCAAAGACAAUCUUCCGCCCUUCUGUUUUACUUUCGAGUGCUUCUCUUUUCAUCCUUGCAGGCGUUAGGCAUUUUUUUCUUUUCAAUUUGCGGAUGUGGCUAACGGCGCUGACAGAGGUGAAUGGUUGGGCGGCGACAGGUGACGCGGUCGGCUGUACUGGUGAAGAUGAAAAGUGUCCUUUGGAGUUCGGAUGUGGUGGCUAAGCAUUCGCACGCUUCGGUAGAAGCUACGCUCAGCGGAAGAUGCGAAGGUCCGGAUCGAGGUUGUGGCAUUCGUUAUUGCUGUGGAGGGUGUUGUGCUUGCAGGAGUGUUUGUAUUGGCGGAACAGAGCUCGCCGCAAAAUUGGAUCCGAGUAGUGAUGGAGCAGGACCAAUCGCUCAGCGGGAGAUGGAAGAAAUCCGAAGCGCUCCGUCGCUGUUGACGAGAGCAGGAACAGGGCCCAAGAACAUGGCUUCCUCAACUUCUUUGUAAAUCCUUGGGCAGCGAUCGGUGACACGGUGGCGGCAUAGCAACCCGUGCAUGGGCGGUUGAGCAACGGCGGAGGUGGAGAUAGCAGAGCCCUUUCCGCGGAAAAAUGACACGCUAGUGGAGAGGACAUAGAGAGGGGAAGUCAGAAGCGCGUUAUCGUCCAAGGGAAGGAUCGGUAGAAGGAUAGAGCGGGUCGCACUUGGCUUCGUUCUUAGUGCGGUUGGAGUCACUUCCUUCCCUUUCGUCUCUGUGAUGUUUCGAGUCUUACGCCAGACUUAGGUAAAAGCUACCUCGACAACCCCGCCUUUCCAUGAACUCUGUCGUCUGCUUCUUCUGAUAGAGAUACGAUCUCUUUUUUUAUUAUUAUUUUAGGGGGUAGUUGUCGAAGACUUUUGGGGAAAACCAUAGUGUGACGUGACAGCUACUGGUGAUGGCGACCACCGGUUUCUUCUUUUUCUCACCAGAACUCUGACCCCGACCAUUUCUGACGGUCGGAAUCUGGAACUUCAAGUCUUGUUUUUCUGCUGGGACUCAGAGAGAGCCAUAUUUGAGUUUCCAUAGAGGUUUUUGUAUGGUGGAUGGUGGUGACGAUUGUCUUGUGAAUCCCUUGGCGAGUGGAGUAUGAAAGAAUGUCGGCCCAAGGCCAGAGGAGAUGAUCAGCUAGGCUAAGCAUGGUGGCAACGACGACCUUUGUCGGCAGAUGUGAGUGGAUGGGACCAUGGUUUGGGGUUCUCCAUAUGAGGGUUACUUCGAUUGAAGAGGAGAAACCUUGUCAUUUGGCCGGAGAUUCGAAAAUGAUGUUGUGUGAUAUGCUGGGUUGGAGGACGAUGAAGAUGGUUUGGACAUAUCUUGUUUGCGUGAAGGGUUGGGAGAAUGGAUAAAAGAAGGAUUUUGGUAGGGGUUUUUUUUUUGUUUCGAUGAAGCUUCUGCAUUUUCAAGAUCUAGAGCUCACACUCUCCAGAAAUCAAACGAUCGAGUUGGGGAAUCAUGCCCCACGAUGGACGCCAAUUGUUUGUACCAUCUAGCUCUGGAUAUGAACAAUAAUGAUUUGUUGGUGUGGGCUUGGCUCACGAUUCGUUCGUCUGAUCUCGUCGGGAGGGAAGGAACCUGUGGAAGACGGGGAUGCCCCCCGAAUUAGUCUCUGACGAUCAAGUUAGUUGAUAUUCAGAGCAGGUUGAGGGAAUAAUGUAGAGAGAUCAAGUGUCUAGAGAGAGAGAGAGAGAGAGAGAGAGAGAGAGAGAGAGAGAGAGAGAGAGUUAAAGUGUAAAGUGAGGGAAGAGAAGAAGAGGCCUCUCUUCGGAUGGCUUGGAAGCCCUUAUAUAGACGUGGCACGGAAGGUUGCUCGGCAGGUUGGGUGAUGGUAGUGCACCACAAUCCUAGUGCACCAUAGUGGUGGUGCACUACCACUUAGUCUCAUUUUAGCUUGGGCGUCACUGCUAGCGCACCACAAUGUUGGUGCGCUACUACUUAGUCUCAAUUUAUGUCAAGAUUAAGCUCACCAUGCUAGUGCACCACCAUGCAAGUGCGCUACUACUUAGUUUUUGCAGGGUGGGUUUAGUAACAUCCCCAACAAAACCAUUUUCGCUUGAGAGUCCAGCAAUUCCUACUAAAUUGCUCUGGACGCAGAAGUAAGGUAGAUUGGCAAAUAGUAAUAAAAGGUUGUGUAUUGU